AGGGUUCAAGGACAAAAUUUCUUUUUAAUUUUUUAAUGGUCUCACAGAUCAACACCCCCAGCGUAAAUCGAACAAACCAACAGGAAAACCAUUUAGUGGGCCAUAUUCUUGUACAACUUCUGCCAAAUUUUUUGACAAUAAUUCGGAUACUGACACUUUAACUUGCAUGAAUGUAUGCAAAAAUGAUAAAUCGGUCGAAACAAAGGAAGAAGGCAUCCAUGAUCAAGAGAUUCUACAAAAAAAGAGUAAACAAAGGUAUGAGUCCAAAUUGUGUACGGUACAUGUAAAAGGAGAUGAAAUAUUGGCUCCCAAAAAAAAGCAAACCCAAAAGAAGCAGAAAAUUCAGGAAUCAAAACAGGAAAAGAAAUACAAAUGUAAAAAGUGUGCUCGAAGCUAUGCCCAGAAAAGAAGUUUGAGUAGUCAUCAAAAAUACGAAUGCGACGUCAUUCCACAGUUCCAAUGUCAAUUCUGCAGCAAAAGAUUUAAGCGGAGAAAUGCUAUUCGUAGCCACGUGGAUUUUGUACAUCUGAAAAAAAAUUUACAGACAAAGAAUAUUAGGUAUUUUUGCGACAAAUGUUCGCGAAGUUACAUUUGGCCCAAUGAUUUAACUCGACAUAAACGUUUACAACACGGUGCAGUCAAGCCAAAAUUUUUUUGCGAUUAUUGUUCCUAUACAACGAAACAAAAAGUUGACUUGUCGCAUCAUAUUACAUUGCGUCAUCUCAAAUAAUUUAAUAGGCUAAACUUUUGUCCUUAGGAUAUUCCUAAUGCUGAUAUCUGCACGGAAAUCAGCAUUAAGCAUAUUAAAUUACUAUUUUCAAGCAUUGAGUUGUUUAUUAUAAAUUAUUUAUUUCGGAAAAGAUAUAAUAAUUAAAAGGUAUAAAUCAAGAAUUAUUUCAUUAGAUUUGUUAAGUUUGAUUGCUUAUUCUUAAAUAAUGAUAGUAUUGUUUAUUCGUUUACUGCAUUAAUACUAUUGCUUUAUAUUUUAUGCAAUAAAAGAAACUUUUUUUAUAUUCUUAAAAGAAAACUUAAUGUAUUUAAAUUGAUCGACAACGAUGUAGAAAUCAUUUUCAAGAGAUUGUAGGAAAUCUCGAAUGAAAAAAAAACCAUUUAAAAUGUUACAUAAGUGCAUACCACCAGUCGUUAGCGAAUUAUUAUAUCAAAAGGCGGGUAUUAUUGUAAACUAUCCAUGAUUUAGAAUUGUAUAUUUUCGAAAAUUUAGAGACUGAAAGGACUUAAAAAGUGUAGUCCAAGCUUUUUGAUAAGAAAGUAUUGCUAGAGAUACCAAAAUUACAAUACAUCUAAUACUUUCCAUAUUUAUUAGUGAUAAUGAUAUCUUAUGGAAGAUAGCGCACUGGAUUUUAAUCAAUAUUAUGAACAGAAAUAGUUCUUCGCUAAAAAAAUAAAAAUUAGAUUCAAAAGACUAAUACUAGUAGGUUUAAAACUCUACAUAUUGUAAUAACUUAACAUAAGAUAGUAGCAUAAUA